GAAAAGUAUCAAACGAUUUUUUGUAGAUAACAAAGUGCUUAAAAUUUGUAAUAUCAUUUAGAAGUAAACAUUGUUGUUUUAUAUUGUCUUUUAUCUAUUUGCAAUACUUUUCGUAUUGAAAGGACUUUAAUGUCAUCCAUUACAUGUAAUGGUAAAUAGUUUUUGAUGCACUUGUAAGGUAGCAAAUAACAAACAGCAAAUGACCAGCCACCGAAAAUACACGUUUGCUUUCUUAUUGAAAUCUGGCUGAUGUUGAACAAGAACUACACAAAAUAUUUCCUGGAUUUCGUUUUAAUAAAAAUAAGGAUAAAAUUCUUAGUAAUAAAUUGCUAGCAGAAACACAAGUUUGAACGCCUGAAUAUGCCUAACGUGCCUAUUGUAAAAAAAAGAAUUAAAUUCAUCGUUAUUUCCUCUUGCUCCCUGAUAUUACUAGUAAUUCUUUAUCGUUCAUUUUUGAAGCAUAAAACUAAUGGUAGUCAGUCAAUUCAAAAUUUUGAUAAAGACGAUUGGACAGCGAACUCCCAAAUUGGUGAAGAUCUCGUAAAGGAUUUCACCAAUGUUCCUCAACACAUUACAAAUCAGCAGCUUCUAAAUCAAUUGGAACAUGCAAAAGUUCAAAUUUCAAUAUUAGAAGAUCGAGUUCGUGCUUUAGAAGCAAGUACGCCAAGAAAAUAUCCACAGGUUAAAUACUUAAAUUAUAAAAAUCGAAAACGGAUUCUAAUUACCGGAGGAGCCGGUUUCGUUGGGUCUCAUCUAGUAGAUACUCUCAUGGUUCAAGGCCAUGAAGUCAUCGUUGCAGAUAACUUUUUCACUGGUCGUAAACGGAAUGUAGAACACUGGCUUGGACAUGAGAAUUUCGAAUUAAUUCAUCAUGAUAUUGUGAAUCCACUUUUUAUUGAAGUGGAUGAAAUUUAUCAUCUAGCAUCACCAGCCUCACCUCCACAUUAUAUGUAUAAUCCCGUGAAGACAAUCAAAACGAAUACCAUGGGCACCAUCAAUAUGCUAGGACUAGCUAAGCGUGUAAUGGCAAAAGUACUUAUAGCUAGUACAUCAGAAGUAUACGGUGAUCCAACUGUACACCCACAACCUGAAACAUAUUGGGGUCAUGUCAAUCCUAUUGGACCACGAGCCUGUUAUGAUGAAGGCAAACGUGUUUCAGAAACACUCAGCUACGCUUAUGCGAAACAGGAAAAUGUGAAAGUACGCGUCGCACGCAUAUUUAAUACCUAUGGGCCUCGAAUGCAUAUGAACGAUGGACGUGUUGUGUCCAAUUUCAUACUUCAAGCACUGCGUAACGAAACUAUAACUGUUUAUGGUAAUGGCAAGCAAACUCGUUCCUUUCAGUAUGUUUCUGAUCUUGUGGACGGAUUAAUUUCUUUAAUGGCUUCCAACUACAGCCAACCAGUCAAUUUGGGCAACCCUGUAGAGCACACAAUCGAAGAAUUCGCAUGGAUUAUAAAAAAAUUGGUGGGUGGCAAAAGCGAAGUAAAACAAACAGAUGCAGUUGAAGAUGAUCCGCAGAGGCGUAAGCCGGAUAUAACGCGAGCAAAAACCAUUCUCAAUUGGGAACCAAAAGUUCCACUACAAAUGGGAAUAUCGCGCACGAUUAGCUACUUCCGACGUGAACUUGAAAGAUCUGAUCGUUUUCAAAAAGACUCUAAAAAAUAUUUUGAUUCUCCAGAUUUAGAACGGAGCCAACAUAGUAGGCAGAAUUUUGUACCAGAUAAAACUUAAUAUUGUUCUGUUUAAAAAGGACAUAAGUAAGUUCGAAAUUUAAGUGUUGGUUUAGACCGCUUAGAAAUAGGAAAUAUUGUGAAAAAAUUAUUUUAAAAACAGGGUCUGAAAAAAUAGAGCGUUAUAAUUUAAAUAAACAACGUUAUAAUUUAAGUUAUUUUUUCUGUAAAUAGAAGUUAGACUUCAUUCGUGUUUAGUCACUUAAUUGUUUAUAACACAUCUUUUGAGAUUCUCAUGCCAUAAGCUAAGCUAACAGAAGGCAGUUAUUUUUCACUAGUCCAAUGCAAAAGAUAAAUACGGUUUGGUUUGUUUCAGUUUGUUUGUAUAUUCAUUUUUUACCUUAGACCUUAGAAAACUGAAUAAAUUUUAUAAAGCAAUAAAACAUGAACAUUUAAUAAAUUUUACGAGACAGA